GCCGCUCUUCACUCAUGGCUAUGAGUACAAGGACGUCGAUUUGAAAGGCUUCUCUGGCACCUUCGAGAUCCUCAUGCGGGAUCACGAAACAUCAGAAGUCCAGAGUUCAACUGUCAAGACUUGCCCGUUCUCAAACACUGAAUUCAUUUUGUGUUCGACUGACGGGAGGAUGACUGUGGUGGCUGACUUGUCUCUGGCCAUCCCAAGUGGAGGAAAUCCUGCCAGAACAAACCUUGUUGACAAAUACUGUGGACCCAAAGAGACCGAUAACACCAGGGCACUCUUCUCUUUUCCACUCAACAGCUGUGGAACCACAGUCAAGCUUGGCAGGGAAAAUGUGACAUAUCAAAAUGAGAUUUUCUACAGCAAGAAGUACCUCAAUAUGAACAAGCUAGUUUCUGAUGAUGCCAGUGAGAGGGUGAUAAUCCAGUGCACAUAUCCUCUGGCUGGCCUCCAUCGCCUCUUCUCAGUUUACCGGUUUGAGUCUGACUCUGAUGGUUUUGGCAGCAUCAUCCACACUUCACAGCCCACAUCAGGCUUUGAUAUUUCCAUCAUCAAGCCCACUGCAGCACUGACAACUACACCUGCAAGACGGCCUGUCUCAUUCCUGCCUGCCGUACACCCCCCUGCUCGCUACAUCAAAGUUUCUCGGUUUAGAAAUCUUCCCAGGAGAAUAGGAGCAAAAGGACCCUCGCAAACUAAAGUAAAUCCUGGCCAGAUUUGAAAAAUGCAAUCUUUUUUUAAAUGGAAAAUUGAGUUUAAUAAAGAUGUUUUCUUAG